CUAAGUUAUAGAAAAUGCGUUUGCUUUCCAAUUUAACUAAGAAAACACUUAGCCUGCUGGUGAUCUGCACCCUCAUUUCCUACGUCGCUUCUGAAGAGGUAGAAUUUGGCAGCAAAUGAAGAGUCCUCUCAAUGGAAGGUGGUGGAGAUAAAGGAUCCUACGAGGUCGGAGCCCUCAAGGCCUUCCUUGAGUUCCUACCGAAGAAAGAGAUCCAAUAUGAUGUCGUCACUGGAGUCUCUGUUGGCGCAAUCAACGCAAUCUCGUUAGCACUUCAUAAGAAAGGUGACGAAGAGAAGUGCAUCAACUGGAUGAAUGAACUCUGGCUCAAUAUGCAAUCUAGCGAUAUUUACAGCAACUGGCCAUACGGCUAUAUUGAAGGUUUAUUAUACCAGGAAGGGCUUCUUAACAAUGCUAAUGGAGUCGAAUUUUUAACAAAAUUAUUGAAAGAAAACUUCCCUGAUAAGAAAGUUCAUCGUCAAAUCGAAUGGAAUGCCGUUGAUAUCAACACCGCUGAGAUCAAGAGGUUCAAUGAGAAUGAAGAAUGGGACUCAAUCCCUGAGAAAAUUAUUGCUUCUGCCUCCAUGCCAUUCGCAUUCCCACAUAUGCACAUUGGAGAAAAUACUUAUGUCGAUGGAGGAUCUGUUUGGAAUGUAGACUACGCCUCGGGAAUCAAUAGAUGCAUCUCAGAUGGAUUUAAAGAAAAGAACAUCAUCGUUGACAUCAUCCUCUGCUCUGGUGUUCAGGAUGCUGGAGAGGCUGGCUAUAACACAAUCCAGAAUUAUAUUAGAAUGAGAGAUAUUCAGGCCUAUUACACCUCCAUGAGUGAUCUUGACGAAGUGAGAAGAGGUUACGAAAAUGUCCAAUUCAGAUACCUAGUUGUUCCGAAUAAGCCUCUUCCAAGCGGCUACAUCCCUCUCGGCUUCAAGAAAGAGUCCAUCACUGAGAUGAUCAGGCUGGGCUAUGAAGAUGCUAAGAAGGUCAUCCUUGGAGAAGAAGACUCCUUCUCCAAGGUAGAAUCAUUUAAAAAUGAUAUCGAUGCUACCUACGAUCCAGAAGCUGUCAAGAAAUUUAACCAAUCAAGAAUCUAA